AUGACGUCGGAUCCAGGAGCCGCUAAAGGCUCUUAUGCCUCAGACAAAUCGCCAGGCUCCCCUGCCUCAGCCGGUCUGUCAGGUUCCCACYCUCCAGUCAGCGACAGGUUCCCGCGCAUCAGCAGGGAUGGUAGGGUGGAGGUGACAAAGGAGAGUGUGAAGCUGUGCACAAUGGGACCUGGGAAGGUGUUCGGAGAGCUGGCCAUCCUCUACAACUGUACUAGGACAGCAACCAUCAAGACUCUCACCAAUGUGAAGUUAUGGGCCAUCGACCGACAAUGCUUUCAGACUAUUAUGAUGAGGACGGGCCUAAUCAAGCACACUGAAUACAUGGAGUUUUUAAAAAGCGUUCCGACGUUUCAUGAACUUCCGGAGGAGAUUCUAAGCAAGCUCGCUGAUGUCCUUGAAGAGACACACUAUGAGGAUGGAGAGUACAUCAUAAGACAGGGAGCCACAGGAGACACCUUCUUUAUCAUCAGUAAGGGAAUGGUGAAUAUGACCAGGGAAGACAAGUCCAACGGGGAUCCUGUCUACCUCCGCAGCAUGGGGAAAGGAGACUGGUUUGGAGAGAAGGCCCUGCAGGGGGAAGACAUCAGGACAGCAAACGUCAUCGCUGCAGAGACCGUUACAUGUCUGGUCAUUGACAGAGACUCGUUCAAGCACCUGAUUGGAGGGUUGGAGGAGGUGUCCAGUAAAGGCUGUGAGGAUGCUGAGGUCAAGGCUAGGUACGAAGCAGAGAAUUCUUUCUUCUCCAACCUCAGCCUGGUUGACUUCAACAUCAUCGACACACUGGGGGUUGGUGGCUUUGGCCGUGUAGAGCUGGUUCAGCUGAAAAGUGAUCUGGUGAAGACGUUUGCCAUGAAGAUCCUGAAGAAGCGUCACAUUGUGGACACGCGACAGCAAGAGCAUAUCCGCUCUGAGAAACUCAUCAUGCAGGAGGCCCACUCUGACUUCAUUGUCAGACUGUACAGGACAUUUAAGGACAGUAAGUACCUCUACAUGCUGAUGGAGGCUUGCCUGGGAGGAGAGCUGUGGACCAUUCUUAGAGACCGGGGUUCGUUUGAGGAUUCAACCACCAGGUUCUACACAGCGUGUGUGGUGGAAGCAUUCGCCUACCUACAUUCCAAAGGCAUCAUCUACAGAGACCUUAAACCAGAGAACCUUAUACUGGAUCACAGGGGCUAUGCCAAGCUAGUGGACUUUGGCUUUGCCAAGAAGAUCGGGUUUGGGAAGAAAACAUGGACGUUCUGUGGAACACCAGAAUACGUGGCACCAGAGAUCAUUCUGAACAAAGGCCACGACAUCACAGCUGAUUACUGGUCUCUAGGAAUCCUCAUGUUUGAGCUCCUCACCGGCAGCCCUCCCUUCUCUGGCCCUGAUCCCAUGAAGACAUAUAACAUCAUCCUGAGGGGCAUUGACAUGAUCGAAUUUCCAAAGAAGAUCACCAAAAACGCUGCCAACUUAAUAAAAAAACUAUGCAGGGACAAUCCUUCGGAAAGACUAGGAAACUUGAAAAACGGUGUCAAAGACAUCCAAAAGCACAAAUGGUUUGAGGGCUUUAACUGGGAAGGUCUAAGGAAAGGAACGCUGACACCCCCUAUCAUCCCUAAUGUGAUAUCACCAAUGGACACGAGUAACUUUGACAACUUCCCAGAGGAUAAGGAAGACCCGCCCCCAGAUGACAAUUCUGGCUGGGACAACGAUUUUUAAAAUGUCACACCCCACCCCCAAAACCAAAUUAGCUUAUGUCAUUGGCCUGGAGGCCUACUUCAGGAUAUAGCUGAAUUCUAAAGACUGCGAUACAGAGGAAGUGGAGAGGGGAGGAGAGGAAGAGGACAAAAAAACGCGCUGGGUCAGCAAUAUGUCUUCGCUACACGUGGCUCUGGGACUAGCAUGUAAUGACCAUAGUACUUCCUCAGGGUUCUCACACAUAUGCACAUGCAAGCAAAUACACAAGCAAGCACGCACACACACACACACACACACACACACACACACACAC